AUGAGCUUUUCACCAGCGACGAUCUCAACACCGUCAACCUCUGAAUCCUCAACUCCUCCGUCAACUGCUGAUUACGAAUUUUCUGAGACUGCUGAGUCUAUUCAUCACCCUUCUAAAUUCUCACAUUCUGCGAGCUCUUCUUUAGACAAGGCCGCAAAUACAACUUAUCGAUCUAAGAUGUCGUCCUCAUCUUACUUUAACUCGCCAUCGUCGGCAUACAUUUCUUCUAUAAAGCCACCCCAAAAAGGCUUCAGACUGCCCUAUUCUAUUAAGAGACUGUUUUCUUCGAGGCCAAUCGCUAUCCUUCUUUCUUUGAUCACCCUCCUCUACUUUUUUUUCCCAUCUUCUAUCUUUACAUAUAUCCCUUCUGAGCUCCGUGGUCGCACCCCAAUGAAAGAUGACCUUAGUAUUCCCGGAGUGUUCCACUAUGAUCUGAACCUUGCUGAUGGUCACCCUAACGCUGCUCAACGCAAUGAGCGUGUUCUCUUUUUAGUUCCUCUGCGUGACGCUGUCCCUCAUAUGUCUAUGUUUUUUGGCCACAUGGUCAAUCUUACUUAUCCUCACAAUCUGAUUGACCUUGCAUUCUUGGUGUCAGACUCCAAGGACGAUACUCUUAAUGUACUCAAGAACUAUCUCGAGGAGAUUCAAGCUAGCACAGACACAUCAAAGCGCUUUGGAACCAUUGAAAUUUAUGAAAAAGACUUUGGUCAAGCUAUUGGUCAAGGUUUCUCUGACAGACACGGCUUUGCUGCCCAGGGCCCUCGUCGUAAGCUUAUGGCCAGAGCUAGAAAUUGGCUUCUUUCUGCGGCCCUUCGCCCAGAUCAUUCAUGGGUCUACUGGAGAGAUAUCGAUGUUCAAACUGUUCCUGCUACUAUUCUCGAGGAUCUCAUGGCCCAUGACAAGGAUGUCAUUGUACCAAAUGUUUGGCGUCCUCUUCCCGACUGGCUCGGAAAUGAGCAACCUUAUGAUCUUAACUCCUGGCAGGAAUCCGAAACAGGUCUUCAGCUUGCUGAUACUUUGGAUGAAGACUCUGUCAUUGUUGAGGGCUACGUCGAGUAUGCCACUUGGCGACCCCAUCUUGCCUAUCUUCGUGAUCCCUAUGGUGAUCCAAAUGUAGAGAUGGAGCUUGAUGGUAUUGGCGGUGUUUCUAUUCUUGCAAAGUCAAGUGUCUUUAGAAAGGGUGCUCAUUUCCCUGCUUUUAGUUUCCAAAAGCAUGCCGAAACAGAAGGUUUUGGUAAAAUGUGCCGCAGAAUGGGCCUUUCUGUCAUCGGCCUCCCCCAUUAUGUUAUUUGGCACAUUUAUGAGCCGUCAUCCGAUGACAUCAAGCACAUGGAGUGGAUGGCUGAGGAAGAAGACCGCCGCGAGCACGAACGCCAGCAGCGUGAAUCACACGAUAGAGUGUGGGCUGCUGGUUUCCAAGAUGUAAGAAACUCUUGGGACCGCGAACGCGAAAAUAUUUUUAAGAACGCUGAGAUUCGAAGUAAGUUUGGUGUCAAAUACGAUGAGCAAUUUUUUGAAAAGAAAGCUGCUGAGAAUCUAAGAAGAAUGGGUGCUAUUGCUGCUGGUAAGGUUAACUAA